GGAGCCCGUGCAUGCUGGGGGGUGAGCCCAAUCACAAGGCAGUCUUUGACAGAUCAAUUGAUGUUUCUAUGGUAACAUGGUCGGUGUCGUCCUGAAUGUCGUGACAGGUGUGUGACUGUUCAAAUCCACAGUAUGUACGCGAAAGGAAAAGGCUCAACAGUACCUUCGGAUGCUCAAGCACGGGAAAAGCUAGCGCUGUACGUCUACGAAUACUUACUACACGUCGGCGCCCAGAAAGCUGCACAGACGUUCCUAUCAGAGAUUCGAUGGGAGAAGAAUAUAACGCUAGGAGAGCCUCCUGGGUUUUUGCAUUCCUGGUGGUGCGUGUUUUGGGACCUGUACUGCGCGGCGCCUGAGCGAAGGGACACGUGCGAGCACUCCAGCGAAGCCAAGGCCUUCCACGACUAUGGCUUCGUCAAUUCCGGUUACGCCGUCAACGGCAUCGCUGCGCACUGCCAACAGGCCGGUUGUUGCAGCUGUUUGAAUCCUUCGGCACCAAGCCCGCUGGGUCAGAUGCCACCCAAUGAGGGCAUGCCCGGUGGACCCAUGCCACCGGGUGGAUUCUUUCCCCAGAACUCGCACAUGAGGCCCUCGCCGCCACAGCAGCCCGCCAAUCAACCGUCCCCUCACCCCCAGCCCCCUCCCCCUCACAGUCAGAUGAUGCAGAACCAGCCAUUCAUGUCGCCACGGUACCCUGGUGGACCGAGGCCGGGCGUCCGGAUGCCGCAGCAGGUGGACUUCAACCCACCCGGUGGUGUUCCUGGUCAACCCAUGAUGCCAAACAGCAUAGACCCAACACGGCAAGGUGACGGAGGAGAGUUUGCUGGAUGGCAAGGGCCCCCAUCGAUGAACCCCAUGAACCCUCGAAUGAACCCUCCACGGGGCCAGCCCCUCGGUCCCAUGAACCCCGGGAACUACGGAGGCAUGAGGCCACCACCCAACAGCACGAUGGGUCCCGGAGGUCCCAACAUGCCGCCCAUGUCCAUGCCCGGCCCUGGCGGAAGACCUUGGCAACCUAACGCAUCAUCGAUGAACUACUCUUCAGCGUCACCUGGCAGCCACUAUGGGGGUCCGCCAGUGUCGGCGUCGGGACCUCCAGGCCCCGGCACGCCCAUCAUGCCAAGUCCGCAAGGUACCCCUGGCCCCUUCUCCCCCGCCAGCCAUCGAAUGAGUGCCCCCAACGCUAGACGAGAUUCUUCAAAUUCAGGAGGUGAUGGAAUGUACGCCAUGAUGAAGCCCGUUCCAGGCGGCGGAAUGCCCGGCCAGUUCCAGAUGGGACCCGGGGGACCGGAAGGCCCCAUGGGGUCAAUGGGGCCUGACAUGGGCCCACCCGUCAUGAAUGGCAUGUCCUCUGGAGGUGAUGGCCUGGAUGGCAUGAAGAACUCGCCGGCCAAUGGGCCCGGCACGCCGCGGGAGGACGGGCCUCCCAUGGGCGAUUAUGGGAUUCCCGGAUACGGACAGGAAAAUGAUCAGACGGAAUCGGCAGCAAUACUGAAGAUCAAGGAGAGCAUGCAGGAGGAAGCCAAGAGGUUUGAGAAGGACACGCCCGCCGAGCCCCCGGACUACUUCAUGCAAUAACCGGGGGCCCCCCCGCCACCCCAGCCGCCGCCACCGCCGCCAAUGCGCGCGCGUGGCCGAGCAAAGUCAAAGCCGCAGCCGAAGAAGAAGGCCGCCACCAGGGGGCGCGGGAGGCGGCGCCAACCACCGUAGCGGCCACCCCCGCUCCCGUCUUGAGGACUGCCUCACCGCACGACCGGAAAGGCCCGCAACAUGCCGCAGGGGCAGUGACUUGGCCCCGGACGUGGCCUUGCGGCCUCUUGAUCCCUUGGUUGUGCCCUCCCUGGAGACUUUGGUUCCCGUGACUCUCCGUCGCAAGACGGACUGCUGGCACUGUCUGCGGUGACUCAAACUUACGUGCGCGUCGUCAGUCACGUGACGGAGGCAGUGUCAGCUGCGUGCUGUCUUCUUUCAGUUUGGAGCUUGUGAUCUGCCCUGGCUCAGCUUGGGCUGCUGCGUACGUAGGUGCAACAGGAGUGAAGCUGCCACCUACUCUGCCUGCUACUGUGCCCUAGCAGGCAGUUGGUGUUGCGAUUGAAGGUUAGCCAUUCCUAGCCCUGGUUGUGCCCACCCAGACUUCUUCUCUAUAGUGCCCCCUCCCCCACUUCUAAAUGUUCUUCCUCACCAAAGCGCAAGGUGGUGGCAGUGCCGUGCACCUGUUGCGCAGCGGUGCAAGCUGAGCCGAGGUGGAGCGUCCUUCGCUCUGGGCAGAGCUUCCCCAUCCGAGUAUGUGCGUCGUUUUCGUUAUACCAUGCCAUGGGAACUGGGCGUGCGGUGGUGCGCGUGUGGUGACUGUGCGCGGCUGGAGGAACUGGCGGAUGUUGGGCCUUCAUCCCUGAGAGACACUUCGUCCUGCUUUUCCUACUUUUGCUGCAGUGUGCCCCGUGGAGUUUUCAUUUGCUGGCCGUUUCGUUCCUCGUAUCAGAGGAACUUUCUUCUCUUGCUCUUUCUCUCUUUCUUUGUAAAAGUGAGGGGUAUUGUUUUUGAAUUGGGUUGGGGGGGAGCAUGUGGAGAAUUUUGCUUUCUUUUAACAGCUGGCAACUUUUCUUUUUUUGGUGCCUGUUGCCAGGUCGACGCACGAUGUCUCAGGCCAAUGCCGCCUGUUGUGUGACAGAUGCGAGGGCUGUCUGUGGAUCUGUGCUGUCGUUUUUCGCAGCACAAGGCCAGGCAUGGUUGAGGGGGUCAGGGCAGCUGGACUCGGGAAUUCUUGACAGGCACAGUGGUGUCUUGAGCUUCCUACAUCUCGUUCUCAGGCCGGCACUCCUGAGGCUCGCAGCUCUCCCGAGAAUGGGAACAGAGGAAGGAAAAAGGAAAUGAAAUUCAGCCAUGGUAACACUACGAAGUGUGCGGUUGGUAGCAGGGUCAGCCAGACUGCAAUGGUUUUCCCUAACGUUCUGAAACUUUCGGUAGGGACCGGCUUGCCAUGGGGGGGGGGGCAGACCAUGGUGGCUGCCAUUGUGCAUUGUCUGACCUCGUGCGCUACACCUCCGUACAGCUUGUGAGGGGUGUCUGGUGUGGACACAAACAGAGGGCGGUGGUGCCACUAGGUUCUGGGCUGCAUCGUUUCACCAUCAAGUUGUGGCGGACGUGUUGGCGAGCGUGUGCCUCGGUGCAUAGUGGCAGAGUGUGUAAGGACUUGGUGUGAGCUUGGGCUUGUCGGUGGAGGCAUACGUACGUUAUGCAGGAUGUGUAGGCUUUUUUUUUUUUCUUUUUUUUUCCUUCUCCCCUGUUUUUAUUAAGCGUUCCGAGCAUCUUUUGUGCUUCUUUUUUGGGUUAGCUUUCUGUAUAUUGGCGCUCAGAUUUUCCAGCUUUUUCUUCGCUUCCUCAAAAACAAACUGAAAUGGUAUUUGUUACUCGGCGAGUUCUAUGGCACUGUGGCAGGAUUGUCCAUAAGCAUCCGUAAGAAGGGAUACAAGAGCUUUUGGUUUUAUCUGGCUGUCGAUGCUGACAGCAGUAUUACUAUAAACGUCUUGACAUAGGGGCGAUUGCAGACAGUUGCACACCGGUAUUUCCCUUGGAAGCAAUUCGGGUGCUUUGUUUCAUUGUUUUUCUGGACUGGCUAUUUCUUCCAAGCUGUAAGGGAAAACCGUCGGUGAGCGAAGUUUCUUUCCAUAGUUUUUUUUUUUUUCUUGCAUUGCAUGCCUGAGGUGUUUAUCCAUAGCGCAGCAUCAGUUUAUUGCCAGUGCUGCAGUUUUGAUCACAUGCAGGCUUCAUAACAGGCAGUGUAAAGAGUGGACAAGCAUGGCGUUGUAUGUGGCACACAAACUUCGCGGAGAGUUCUUGUUCCAGCAUCAUUCAUGCGAUGCACAUCUUUCUUGCCGACACUUAAAGAAGUCGCGAGAGAGUGCACAAAAAAAAAAAGAGAAAGCACACUGUGUGCGCAGACCACUGGGACUCUCGCAGAGAAAAUUUGUUGAGGAGAAAUACUUUUUUUCUUUUCUCCUCUGUAGGAGCAAAUUGUAGAUGGGAGAAAGUGAGUGAAUGAGCGACUGUGCUGUGAGUGAAUGUUGCGUGGUGUGGCUAGUGAGUGUGUGCGUGCGUGUGCGUGUGGUUGGGUUUUCAUGCACGAGUCUGUGUGAAUGCAACCUGAUGUGGUUUUGGGGGAUAUAGAUUGUGCAUGUGUACAUAAUAUAUGUAUAUGUAGGGGUACAAGGAUUACAGAAGGUGUGAGGAUUUAAAAAAAAAACGAAGAUGUUUAGAAGAGAGCUCUACACUGUUGCAUUUUUUGAGGCUUUUUCCUCAUUCUGUUGGUUCUUUUUUUUUUUUUUUACCCCGUCUCUACAACACAAGCGCUCCUUAUUUGCUUAUUUACAUGCAGUGCUUAAUUCCUCGUCUCUGGCUGCAUGUUGCAUUUGCAUCGGCUGUGUCCAUAUCGAAGCAGCAGUGGGACGGAGAUGGAUGCUUCUUCGUGUGAGCUGAGCUUCAUUUCCUGACACACACACACUUGGUGGUCGUCGAUGCUGUCGCUUUCCUUUUCUCUGGCUCGCUCCGUGAAGCAUAGGAGCAGUGUUGCAGCAGACUACCAGGAGGCGUCAGUGCAGUGGAAUUGGGCAGGUGGCGAUUGGCAUUGGUUUGCAAUGCUUGCCUGAAUCGGCUGCACAUGUGGUGCCCCCACGUUUCUUGCCCCCCCCCUUUUGUGUGUCGCCUCUUGCUGCUGUUUGAAGCAAUUGCGCUGCAUCGGGUUCUCCUCUCGUUGGGGCCGCACCAUGGGGGGGGGUGCGCUGCAACUUAUUUGGUUCGCAGGAGGGGGAGGGGGGUGGGCGGGUGUUUCUGUAAUCGAGGCGGGAAAAACAGCGAGCAGCACUACAUGCUUUGUAUAUAUAUGCAUAUGUACACACACAACACAUAUAUGUAAACCGGCAGGUGAGUUUAACGAGGUGAGAACGGCUGUGUGCGAGGUGCCCGUGUUAUUUUUUCUUUUUUUACUUUUUUUUUUUUUUUUCUCCUUUCAGCUCUCCGGCUUUGCCUUCCGCGCGCGGUUGAAGCUUCGUCGUGCGGGGGCGAAGCCGAACAACAACUACAGAGGGGUCCUGUUGGUUUAAUUUAUAAUACGCGGCGCUCUCCUCCUAUCUCUCCUUCACCUGUGUAUCACCUUGUGCAUGUGUACUCUCUCUCCUCCCUCCCCCGGAAAAAAAAUCGUAUGAAACAAAGUGUUUCUGUUUAA